AUGAAGACAAUGAUGAGCACAAUUUCAAACAUUUCUCAUAAUUAUAGAGCCUCCUGUAAAUCAGAAUAAUCAAUAACUCCAUUAAGAGUGCCUUACAAGUAAUUAGUUUUAUUUUCAUUUUAGUGGAGGUUCUUAAUAAAAUUGUUUAUCAAAAAAAUCAUGCACAAACACUAAUUUCAUUGAAAGUGUUAUAAUAGAGUAUAAAUAGCUUUGUGCAUGGGUAAUUAGAGAAAUAAAUUUGAAAAUAGAUUAUAAUUAGAUGAUGAGCAAUAUAAAUAAGCAAUUAUUUUAAUUUGAAAGGUUUUUAGCAAAAAAAUUAGAUGGUUAUACAUAAGAAAUUUAAGCAUUAAAAUUAGUUCAUUAAGAAAAUUAAGUUUCAAUUCAUAAAUUAAGUUCUACAAAUUAGGAUCUGAAAAAUAAGCUGAAAUAAAUCUCAAAUAAUAUAAAUGAAGACUUUUUAUCAAAUUCUCCUUUAAAGAAAAGGCAUAAUUAUUCAAUUGAAUUGAUUACAAAAUAACCAUUAAGAAAUAUAAGCUAUUCUUUACAAGAACCUAGUUGUGAUAAAGAGAAUAGAGAAAUAUUUCCAAAAAAAAAGUCUUUGAAACCUAAGUUUAAAAUUUGA